CGAUCCAACGGUAGAGACAACCGCGUGAGAUGAAAGCUAACAUUGAAGUAUAGCUUUAUCUUCUAUUCAACUUCAAAAUUAGGGCACUCUCUCUCACUCAACGACACAACUUUCUCUACUUCCGCCUUCAUCCCCUCUUUUACGCACACCUUCACUAUGGCGUUGCCGAAUCAGCAAACUGUUGAUUAUCCGAGUUUCAAGCUUGUUAUUGUCGGCGAUGGUGGAACUGGAAAAACAACUUUUGUGAAGAGACAUUUGACCGGAGAAUUUGAGAAGAAAUACGAACCAACUAUUGGUGUUGAGGUUCACCCUUUGGAUUUCUUCACUAAUUGUGGAAAGAUCCGGUUUUACUGUUGGGAUACAGCUGGCCAGGAGAAAUUUGGUGGUCUUCGUGAUGGAUAUUACAUUCACGGUCAAUGUGCCAUCAUUAUGUUUGAUGUCACUGCAAGGUUGACUUACAAGAAUGUUCCCACAUGGCAUCGUGAUCUUUGCCGUGUUUGUGAAAACAUUCCAAUUGUACUUUGUGGAAACAAAGUUGAUGUUAAGAACCGUCAAGUGAAGGCAAAACAGGUUACUUUUCACAGAAAGAAGAACUUGCAGUAUUACGAGAUAUCUGCUAAGAGUAAUUACAACUUUGAGAAGCCGUUUCUUUAUCUUGCAAGGAAACUCGCUGGGGACCCUAACUUGCAUUUUGUUGAGUCUCCUGCUCUAGCUCCUCCGGAAGUGCAAAUUGACAUUGCCGCGCAACAACAGCAUGAAGCUGAGCUUGCUGCAGCUGCCAGCCAGCCUCUUCCAGAUGACGACGAUGAUGCUUUUGAAUAGAUAUAAAAUUUGAAAGAGUUUGUGGGAUUUGAGAGUUUUUCUGUUUGUGGAUUUUUCGAUUUUGAUUAUGAUUAAGAUGUAACACCCCAACCUGGACAGGCUGACAUGUCACUCAUAAAGAUAUCAAAACUAAAACCAAUCCAUAACGCUUAAAACAAAA